GGUAUCGCCUGUAGAUGGAGUGGAGACAGCCUACUUAACUCGAGAGGAGAGGCUUCCUGUCAACAGCCUCAGUCAUACCGGAGGGCAGAGAAGAGGGGAUGGCAGAAAACAGCGCCGAUACUUGUGGUUCCGUUUAUCGGAGCUGUUUGACUCAUUCUCCCUGGGAAAAACCCCAGUCACCCAGUAACGGGGCUUCCAAAUGGGUUCGCUUGAACGUGGGGGGAACCUAUUUCUUAACAACACGACAGACGCUGUGCCGAGAUCCGAAAUCAUUUCUGUACCGACUGAGCCAGGCUGACCCCGAACUCGACUCUGAUAAGGAUGACACUGGUGCAUAUCUUAUAGACCGAGACCCCACAUACUUUGGGCCGGUGCUGAACUACCUGAGGCAUGGCAAGCUGGUGCUCAACAGGGACCUGGCUGAGGAAGGUGUCUUGGAGGAAGCCGAAUUCUACAAUAUCACAUCAUUAAUAAAGCUCCUCAAGGACAAGAUCAGGGAACGUGACUGCAAAACAUUACAGGCUCCAGUGAAGCAUGUGUACCGGGUGCUGCAGUGCCAAGAGGAGGAGCUCACCCAGAUGGUGUCCACAAUGUCAGACGGCUGGAAGUUUGAGCAGCUGGUCAGCAUUGGCUCCUCUUAUAACUACGGAAACGAAGACCAAUCUGAGUUCCUUUGUGUGGUCUCCAAGGAGCUGCACAACCAAUCAUACGGCACAAACAGUGAGCCCAGUGAGAAAGCCAAGAUUCUUCAGGAGAGGGGAUCCCGAAUGUGACGGAUCAGUAUUACGAGCUCCAGGUAUAACGAUGCAAACAUAUCAUUGACGAGGAAGAACCUUUCACUCAACAGAGAAGACAUUAGUCGAGAGGGACUUACAUUUGUUUGUUUUUACUCCAUUUUAUAUUUUAUUAUGUAAAUAAGUCUGUUUACAUACUUUUUGUGCCUGUACAGUUAAACUGGAUUUUUUUAAAUUAGUGACAAGUUUUCCAACAAAUGAUGAAUUAUAAUCAUUUAAAUAUUUUAUGCUAUAAAACAUGGUCAUACACGGCCAAUGAUUCACUCAGGGGCUACUUUUGAGUUUCUUACACCUUCUAACUCAAGGGAAUCUUGUAAGGGAUCAUGAUGGUCUAUCUAUAUUAUCAAGCUUAAACCUGUACUGUCAGUAGAUUAAAAUAUUUUUUUGAGAAAUUCAUUUAGGUUUCAAACACGUUUAAUACUUCCUUAACUGGUUUAUCCUUUGUAUUUUUAGAGGGUACAUUUAGUUUAAUAAAGUCUAUUUGGGGGUAAGAUAUUUUAGGGAAAGGUUGGGGUGUGCUAAUAUUUUUGGGGGACUAACGGUGAAGGAAUAUAUUUUAAUAUCCUUAGGUUUUUUGAUGUACAUAAUCUAAAAAUUCCAAUAUUCAUAUUUAACUCGAACUGCACGUUUUGUACACUGUAUAGUUAAACACAACUACAAAUGUACGUUGUUGUACUGGAUCUUACAAGCUAGAAAGUCUUGACAAUUAAAUUAUGUUGACUCGAGUUUUGCAACGUUUGUACAGAGGUCUCUGCAUAUUAAGAUUUGUAAAUCAGGAUUUCAAUUGUUGAUGCUCAAUAUCUGCUUUAGUUAGAACACACCUGGAACGUCUUUUUGAUAUCCAAUAAGAGGAAAUAUACCUUGGCUCAGACGUUGACUGUUAAGUUGUACAAAGAUGUAUUUGUCUUGGAAAUCUACACAUUCUUUGAGGCAUUUUGUAUUGUGGAGACUUCAUACACAGCAUUUCAAGCUCUACAAUAGGAGGAACACUGUGCACAAUGCUUUCCUUAUCCUGCAACACUGUUAAGGGGAAAUACUGCAUUUCAGGACUUUUUAUUUUUUUUAAAUAUAUAUAUACACACACACACUGAGUUGUUUCUGGCCUGAGAUGUGGCAUUGUGCUGUCCGAUAUUUCAUGAACUUCUAACUUUUGAUAGUGUUGCCUUUUCCCAUGCAGUGACGACCAAAUACAAUGUCUUAUGUGCAGCUUACACAUUAACUUUUAGUGUCGAGAUAAGAAAACAACAACAUUUCUGGCUGCAGGCACACUGUGCAGCAGGACACAGACACAACUCCUCUCUCACACACACCCGCACUCUCUUUUCACGUAAUAAUUCUAUAUAAUUAAAGUUUAUUGGAUGGAUGCAUAUUUUUGUUAUAUAUACACACAAGGGCUUAUAAAGUGAACUUCUUUGCAGAUUUCAUAAUUUCCAAUCAAAUAAGAGUGGGUGUUUUUGCCGGCGCUUGGCUAUGUUUACAUUUGCUAUAGUAUUCUGAAGCCUUCCAGAUAUCUUGCACACCCUCACAUACCUUAACAGAUCCUGACUUGUUUUGACUGGCACAAAGAAAACAAGCACUCCCCACUCCAGAUACAUUUUAAACACAUGUUGAUAGUUACUGUUAAUUUAUGUUUACAUUUCAAAGUGCUAGUAAUCUCUUGAGGACAGACUAUGUAAACUUAAAUGGUACUGCCCAAAUUAUGUGAGAUUUUAAUUUGAGACUUUUUUUUUGUGAUGGUGAUUAUAAGUGGAAUGGUGACACGUUCAGGCAGCUCGAUGAGACUAGUUUUGGUCUAAUGAGUUUUGUUGCAGUGAGAUUCUUUUUUUUGGUUUAGUUUACUUGGUUCCAUCUUAACCUUAGCAGUCUGUGUACUUUGGUCUGGCCUGUAUAAACUGGCUGCACUACUUCCUCAGCAGCAUCCUUCUCCUCACUGCUAGACUACAUGCCAUGGAGAAAUAACCAUUAUAUUUUGUGCACCAAAGUAUCCAGUCAAGUUCCCAGUAUAUUAUGAGUCAGCUGGUUAUUUGAUCACAGAAUACUGCAAUGCAUGAUUGAAGAUGGUCACAUUUAGGUCUAUUAUUCCUUAAUCAGAAUGAUGACGCUGUUGAUAUCAAAGAUUAUCAUGUCAUCACUACAUCAGUCACUUAUGACUAAUACCAUGUUUUAUGCAAUGUUUAAAAUAACUAAUGUUACUGGGAUAGAUUUAUGGUCUUGCUUAGGGUAAGUCCAAUAAAAUGGUUUGUCUUUCA